AGGAGCUCGGGCGGCGAGGCUUGCCCAGCGGGACGCGCUUGGGAGACUCUGGUCGGUGAGAGGAAGCUCCUCCUCGUCGCGCGGCGCUGCCGCGGAGUGACCCCGGCCUCCAGAAAUAGGGGGUCCCCUGCAGCUCCGGAAAAGCCGCGGCCGGCGUUGGCCGCUUGGGAAAUGAGCGACCGCGUGACCUAGUGUCCGUCAGCGGGGAGGGCCUGGCGGCCUGGCGGCCUGGCUUGCUCAGGGGCGGACCCGGGCGCCCGUGGGCGGCGGCGGAGCCGCGAGAGCCUGGCAGCGGCGGGCCACCCAGACCCAGCCGGCGGCUCGAGCCCGCGCCGCCCGCGACCAUGAGCCGCGAGGCCAUCUGCAGCGCCCUGCCCACCAUUCCCUACCGAAAGCUCGCCGACCUGCGCUACCUGAGCCGCGGUGCGUCGGGCACCGUGUCGUCGGCCCGCCAUGCAGACUGGCGCGUUCGGGUGGCCGUGAAGCACCUGCACAUCCACACCCCUGUGCUCGACAGUGAAAGAGAUGAUGUCUUAAAAGAAGCUGAAAUUUUACACAAAGCUAGAUUUAGUUACAUUCUUCCAAUUUUGGGGAUUUGCAAUGAGCCUGAAUUUUUGGGAAUGGUUACUGAGUACAUGUCAAAUGGAUCAUUAAAUGAACUCCUACAUAGGAAAACUGAGUAUCCUAAUGUUGCUUGGCCACUGAGAUUUCGCAUCCUAUACGAAAUUGCACUGGGUGUAAAUUACCUCCACAAUAUGAAUCCACCUCUACUUCAUCAUGACUUGAAGACACAGAAUAUCUUACUGGAUGAUGAAUUUCAUGUCAAGAUUGCAGAUUUUGGUUUAUCAAAAUGGCGCAUGAUGUCCAUCUCACAAUCGCGAAGUAGUAAAUCUUCACCAGAAGGAGGGACAAUUAUCUAUAUGCCACCUGAAAACUAUGAACCUGGACAGAAAUCAAGGGCCAGUGUCAAGCAUGAUAUUUAUAGCUAUGCAGUUAUCACAUGGGAAGUCUUAUCCAGAAAACAGCCUUUUGAAGAAGUCACCAAUCCUUUGCAGAUUAUGUAUAGUGUGUCACAAGGACAUCGACCUGACACUAGUGAAGAAAGUUUGCCAUGGGAUAUACCUAAUCGAGCACUUAUGAUCUCUCUAAUAGAAAGUGGAUGGGCACAAAACCCAGAUGAAAGACCAUCUUUCUUAAAAUAUUUAAUAGAACUUGAACCAGUUCUGAGAACAUUUGAAGAGAUAACUUUUCUUGAAGCUGUUAUUCAACUAAAAAAAACAAAGUUACAGAGUGCUUCGAGUACUAUUCACUUAUGUGACAAGAAGAAUAUGGAGUUAUCUCUGAACAUACCUGUAAAUCAUGGUCCACAGGAGGAAUCAUGUGGAUCCUCCCAGCUCCCUAAAAGUAGUAUUUCUCCUGGAACAUCAACAUCCCUGUCAGCUUCUCAAGACAAUUUUUUAUCUAGAAAAACUCAAGACUUCUCUAUGUUGCAUCACUGUCCAGUAAACCAUAGAUGGGAUAGUAACAUUUCUGCGGCUCAAAGGGUGACACUCUAUGAUCCCAAGACCACCCCAUGCUCUUUAGCAAUAAUAAAUCCACUUUCAGCUGAGGGAAGUUCAGAGCGAUUACAACCUGGGAUAGCCCAACAGUGGAUCCAGAGUAAAAGGGAAGACAUUGUGAACCAGAUGACUGAAGCCUGCCUUAACCAAUCACUAGAUGCCCUUCUGUCCAGGGACUUGAUCAUGAAGGAGGACUAUGAACUCAUUAGUACCAAACCUACAAGGACCUCAAAAGUCAGACAAUUACUGGACACUUCUGACAUCCAAGGAGAAGAAUUUGCCAAAAUUAUAGUACAGAAGUUGAAAGAUAACAAACAAAUGGGUCUUCAACCUUACCCGGAAAUACUUGUGGUUUCUCAAUCACAGUCUUUAAAUUUAUUCCAAAAUAAAAGCUUGUAAGUGAC